AUGCGCGCGCAGGCUCCCUGGGGGGCGCUGUCCGUGGUCCUGAUGCUGCUGUGGGGACAUCCGCGCGCCGCCCUGGCCUGUCCUCACCCCUGUGCCUGCUACGUCCCCAGCGAGGUCCAUUGCACGUUCAGAUCUUUGGCGUCCGUGCCCGCCGGGAUCUCCAAACAUGUGGAAAGGAUGAAUUUGGGGUUUAAUAGCAUACAGGCUCUGUCACAAACCUCAUUUGCGGGACUUACCAAGUUGGAGUUGCUUAUGAUUCAUGGUAAUGAGAUUCCAGACAUUCCAGAUGGGGCCUUAAGAGACCUCGCCUCUCUGCAGUGUUUUUGUUUGCUUAUCUGUCUUAUAGGGAUUCUGAAGUGUAAGAAGGACAAAGCUUACGAAGGUGGUCAGCUGUGUGCCAUGUGUGCCAGUCCCAGGAAGCUGUUUAAACAAGAGAUUCACAAGCUCAAGGACGUUGCCUGUUUGAAGCCCUCCAUUGAGUCUCCUCUGAGGCAGAACACAAGCCGAGGUCUGGAGGAAGAGCAGGAACAAGAGGAGGACGGUGACAGCCAGCUCGUCCCCGAAGGAUUCCAGUUCCCCCGUUGGAAUAUCUCUUUGAACAUGACCGAUGAACACGGGAACAUGGUGAACUUGGUCUGUGCCAUCAAGAAGCCCACGGAUUUGUACAAAAUUCACUUGAACCAAACAGAUCCCCCAGACAUUGAGAUCAACGCCACGGUCGCCUUGGACUUUGAGUGUCCGAUGACUCGGGAAAACUAUGAAAAACUAUGGAAACUGAUAGCGUAUUACAGCGAGGUCCCCGUGAAGCUCCGCCGAGAACUCAUGCUCAGCAAAGACCCCAAGGUCAGCUAUCAGUAUAGGCAGGACGCUGACGAUGAUGCCCUGUACUACACGGGCGUCAAAGCCCAGAUCCUCGCAGAACCGGAAUGGGUUGCACAGCCAUACAUAGACCUCCAACUGAACAGACGUCAGAGUACGGCCAGGAAGGUGCUCCUGUCCUACUACGCCCAGCAUUCUCUAACCAUGUCUGCCAAGGAUACGAUGCAGGCUCGAGCAAGCUGGGUGAUGAUUGAGCCAAGCACAGCUGUGCAGAGAGCUCAGACAGUUCUGGAAGGGGCUUCCUGCCAGCUGAGCUGCAAUGUGAAAGCUUCGGAUAGUCCGUCCAUUUUCUGGAUACUUCCAGAUGGCUCUGUCCUGAAGGCACCCAUGGACGACCAGGACAACAAGUUCUCCGUCCUCAGCAGUGGUUGGCUGAGGAUAAAAUCAAUGCAGCAGUCCGACUCGGGUUUGUACCAAUGCAUUGCUCAGGUAAGGGAUGAAAUGGACCAGAUGGUGUAUAGGGUGCUUGUGCAACCUCCCUCCACUCAGCCCCAUGAGAGAGAUACAGUGAUAAUUGAGAAGAACCCGGGGGAGCUGGUUUUGUUGCCCUGCAGUGCCUUGGCCAUCCCCGAAGCCCACCUUAGCUGGAUUCUUCCAAAUAAGAGGAUAAUUCAUGAUUCAGCAAACACAUCCCAUGCAUACAUGUUGCCCAAUGGAGCUCUUUCCAUCCCAACAGUCCAAGUCAGCGAUAGUGGUUACUAUAGAUGUGUAGCCAUCAACCAGCAAGGGGCAGACCAUUUUACCGUGGGGGUCACCGUGAGUAAGAAAGGAUCUGGCAGGUCUUCCAAGAGAGGCAGACGUCCAGGUGCCAAAGGUCUUUCCAGAGUGAGAGAAGAUGUGGUGGAGGACGAAGGGGCCUCAGGCAUGGGGGACGAAGAUACCACAUCGAGGAAAGCUCUCCAUCCAAAGGACCAAGAAAUGUUCCUCAAAACGAAAGAUGAAGGCACCGUGGGAGAUAAGAAGGUCAAGAAAGGGAGAAGAAAACUGAAACUCUGGAAGAACUCUGAGAAAGAACCAGAGACCAAUGUUGCCGAAGGUCGCAGGGUAUUCGAGUCCAGGCGAAGGAUAAACAUGGCAAACAAACAGAUUAAUCCAGAGCGCUGGGCAGAUAUUCUAGCCAGAGUCCGUGGGAAAAAUCUUCCUAAAGGCACAGAGGAACCCCUGGUCAUCAGAACCACCACUCCUCCAUCCAUGAGUCCAGAAGAAACACCUCUUUCUCCUGCCGUUUCUCCCCUUUCAUCUUCGCCUGUCCAGACAGCAAACAGUGUCAAAGAAUCCUCAGCAGAUAUGUCUCUAUUUGGGGAGGAAGAGCAGGUCUGGACUACCUUCUCCUCACCCAGAAUGGGACUAGAGCACCACCACAAUGGAGAUAUUAUUGCUGACCCUGAAGUCACAAGCACGCAAAUGGAAGAAGUUACUGAUGAUGCAUCUUCUGAGAAGACUGAGGAGGUAUCUCCCACGGAAGUUGACAUAAAGUGGAUUACAGACAGUACACUCAUAACUGAGCCUUAUGAAUCCUCUCCUGCUCUGGACACAGUCUACAGGGAGCCCACCCUGGACACAGUCUACAAAGAGUCAACCAAUGAAGAGACAACAACAGGUGGCUGGACUACAGCAAAUGUUGGGUCCAUGGUUGAUCCUACAUCAGAUGACUACGAGCCUCCAUUGAGUGCAAUCUCCUUGGCAGAGUUGGGCACUAUGCAAUCCUUCUACCCAGAUUUGGAGACUAAUUCACAACCAGGUGAGGAUAAGAUGAGAGAACUGACCUUUGCAAGCUUUACUCCAACUCCCACCGUGUGGGUUACUGACCUCAUUACGAUGGACUCGUUUGAAGAUUCCACUUUAGGGGGACUAGACACUGCAGCCCGAUCACAUCAGCAAGGACUCAUAGAUGACAUUCAGCUUGUAGAAAGUGGUUUUAUCACUCAAGACACACAACUGAUUACAAAGACACCAUGGGGAGGAGAUACACUAGAGGGAGACCUCACAAACUCCAGAAGUUCUCAGAGUGAGGGGCAAGACAUCACAUCCAUCACCUUGCCCAAGUCUGCAGUGGGUGUGAACAACAUGUCUUCUAUUAACCAUCCUGGAGAAACCACACUUGGCACUGUAUUGCACAGAGACACCUCCACAGCAUCAAUGGUGACACCAAGACCAAAUGCAUCCUUGGCCAUGCCCACUCACUCUUCUCAAAGAAAACACAACGGGAGGAGGAGGUUACGUCCCCACCAAUCCCGCCACCGGCAUAAGCAAACCCCGCCAACAACAUCUGCCCCGAUGGAGACUUUUUCUACUCAACCAACUCGAGUACCUGAAAUUAAGACUCCAUACCAAAUGGAGAGUUCCCUGCUUCCUACAUCUUGGGUUGACAGCACAGUUCAUCUCCCAAAACAGAUGGAAAUAGACAGGAACACAGAAUCUGUGUCCAAGAGAACCCCAAGAAGGAAACACAAGAAGAGGCCACACAAACAGCACUAUAUCACUUCUACCAUGAGCUCCAGAGAGUCCACAUCCACACCUAGCCCUUCUCCUGAAAAUAAAUCUAAAAAUGUUAUUACUCCCACUUUGGAAAGUAGACCUUGGUCCAGAACUGUUGCUCUGAAAAUGGGGGACUCGUAUGAGGCCCCAAGAGUGGACAAUUACAUGACAACCACCACAAAAAUACAUCCAUCUCACCAUGACACUCAAGAGACACUUCCAACCACAUAUAAACCUAUGUUGGAUAAAAAAGAAAUUAGGGAUGAUGAUGUCACAGACAUCAAAGACACUUCAGUACCCGGUGAGUUGGUCAUUAAUGUCAUGUCAACUUCUGGCUCACUGGUCUCCUCUGUAGGAGAAGUGAAGGAAGAUUCUUCUACUAAAGACUUCUCAGACACUCCAAGCACAGGACAUCCCCCAAGGACAGGACAGGCUGGAAAGCUGCAGACAGACACCCCUGUCACCAAUUUUGUAGAUAACCUUCCAGAUGCUCCCCAUUUGAGAGAGCUAGAGAAUGAGGAUGUUACAGCUGUGCCUUCUUCACCUUCUGUUAAAGCCUCAACUACAUUUCAACAGGAAGCACUUGGUCAUUUGACAACUCUUGCAAGCCUAACAGUAGAGUUGCCUUCAGGUCAGACAGAAACCACCAACCAAGGGCAAGAACAUGGCGAAACCACUGUGGCUGUUAUUCACUCUGAAACCAAACCACAGAAUGCCAUCCCUGCUUUUGCCCCAGUGGAGGAACAAGCCUCCCCGUCCCCACCCACAACUCUUGUGAGUUUAACACAAACCACUCCUAGCCCAGCACUUAUCAGCUCAAGAAGAUCUCCCACAUCUAUAUUUUCCGAGGGAAAUGUUUUCCUGAAUUACGUGGGAAACCCAGAAACCAAAGCACCCUCAGAUAGCACCCAAGGAACUCAGGCUAUAUCGAGCCCAAAUGAAUUAUCUACCACCUCUUCCAACCAGGUCACAUCUAAGUUAUCUCCAAAGCAAGAUCUGGGAAAGGAAUUAUUUGGUAGUAGGGGCAACAACAGUCUACCAGGCAUACCGGAUAGUCUCCACCAGGAUGGGGGUGUUCGUAUUUCUUCUCAACCAUCCAGAGUCCCGUCUGAACCUCCCCCACCAAGGGGAACAUUGAGGCCACCUGAUAUGAGUACAAAAAGCUUCUUCAAAUAUUUUGCAACGUUCCAGCCUUCCCAUCACUUGACCAACAGACCACUAGUAACUGUCUCCCCUUCAAGAGCUUUGCCAGAGAACAAACUCUUCACAACUCCAAAGUUAUCCACUACAACGGCAACUCCUAUUUCACUUCACGUGUCCAAACCCACCAUUUCUAGCAAAUUGACUGAGCAAAGGACGGACCGAUUCAAUGCCUACUCCAAGGCAUUUGGAAAUAAUAACCUCCCCGAACCAAGACAUCCAAUUGGCAGGCUUCCAAACUCAAGAGUUCCUCCAUAUUCCAAUGGAAGACUUCCUUUCUAUAUCAACCGGACCUUCUCUUUCUCACAGUUGGGAGUAACCCUGAAGCCCCAGACAUCCUCUUCUCCUAUCCCAGUGAUGAGGGAGAGAAUAGUUAACCCGAGUCCCUAUAAUAGGAUACAUUCCCAGAGCACCUUUCACUUGGACUUUGGUCCUCCGGCACCUCCAUUGUUGCACCCUCCCCGGACCACGACAUCCCCCUCAGCUAACUCACAUCUUAUCAUGCUGGUUUCUCCUACUCGGAGCUCUGUCUCCUUUGCAACAUCAUCUGUUCAGUCCCCUGGAAGCUCCCAUCAGAGCAUCAUGAAGCUCUUCGCUGGAGGACCACCUGCAUCCAAAUUCAGGACGCCAGGGGAAAAGCCCCAAAUUAUCACCAAAUUCCCACAGACUGUGUCCAUCACUGCUGAGACAGAUGCUGUGUUCCCGUGUGAGGCAACAGGGAAACCCACGCCUUUCAUUACCUGGACAAAAGUUUCCACAGGAGUGCUCAUAACUCCCAGCACCAGGGUACAACGGUUUGAAGUCCUCAAGAACGGCACCUUGGUCAUCCGCAGGGUCCAGGUGCAGGACCGGGGCCAGUACGUGUGUACCGCCAGCAACCUGCACGGGCUGGACCGGCUGGCGGUCCUGCUGGCCGUGACGGUGCAGCAGCCCCAGAUCCUAGCCUCGCACUACCAGGAUGUCACGGUCUACCUGGGGGACACCAUCGCCAUGGAGUGUCUGGCCAAGGGAACCCCAGCUCCCCAAAUCUCCUGGGUCUUCCCGGACAGGACGGUGUGGCACACCGUGUCCCGCGUGGAGGGCCGCAUCACCCUGCACGAAAACCGGACCUUGUCCAUCAAGGAAGCGUCCUUCUCAGACAGAGGGGUCUACAAGUGCGUGGCCAGCAACGCGGCUGGGGCGGACAGCCUGGCCAUCCGCCUGCACGUGGCGGCGCUGCCCCCGGUCAUCCAGCAGGACAAGCUGGAGAACAUCUCGCUGCCGCCCGGCCUGAGCAUUCACAUCCACUGCAGCGCCAAGGCCGCGCCCCUGCCCAGCGUGCGCUGGGUGCUCUGGGACGGCACCCAGAUCCGGCCCUCGCAGUUCCUCCGCGGGAACCUGUUCGUGUUCCCCAACGGGACUCUCUACAUCCGCAACCUGGCGCCCAAGGACAGCGGGCGCUACGAGUGCGUAGCCGCCAACCUGGUGGGGUCGGCGCGCAGGACGGUGCUGCUGACCGUGCAUCGCACGGCGGCCAACGCGCGCAUCACCGGCACCUCCCCGCAGAGGACCGACGUCCGCUACGGGGGCACCCUCAGGCUGGACUGCAGCGCCUCUGGGGACCCCUGGCCGCGCAUCCUCUGGAGACUGCCGUCCAAGCGCAUGAUGGACACGCUGCUCAGCUUCGAUUCCAGGGUCAAGGUGUUCGCCAAUGGGACCCUGGUGGUGAAGUCGGUGACAGAGAAAGACGCGGGCGAUUACCUGUGCGUGGCGCGCAACAAGGUGGGCGACGACUACGUGGUGCUCAAGGUGAACGUGGUGAUGAAACCGGCCAAAAUCGAGCACAAGGAGAAUGACCACAAGGUCUUCUACGGGGGCGACCUGAAGGUGGACUGCGUGGCCACGGGCCUUCCCAACCCCGAGAUCUCCUGGAGCCUGCCGGACGGGAGCCUGGUCAACUCGUUCAUGCAGUCGGACGACAGCGGUGCGCGUACCAAGCGCUACGUGGUCUUCAACAACGGGACGCUGUACUUUAACGAGGUGGGGAUGAGGGAAGAGGGGGACUACACCUGCUUCGCGGAAAACCAGGUGGGCAAAGACGAGAUGCGAGUGCGGGUCAAGGUGGUGGCUGAGCCCGCAGCCAUCCUGAACAAGACCUACCUGGUGGUGCGGGUGCCCUACGGAGAAGUGGUCACCAUCCCCUGUGACGCGAAAGGGGAGCCUCUGCCCAAGGUGACCUGGCUAUCCCCGACCAACAGGCUCAUGCCCACGUCCUCGGAGAAGUAUCAGAUUUACCAGGACGGCACGCUGCUUAUUCAAAAAGCGCAGCGCUCCGACAGCGGGAAUUACACCUGCGUGGUGCGGAACAGCGCUGGCGAGGACAGGAAGACGGUGUGGAUUCACGUGACCGUCCAGCCGCCCAAGAUCAACGGCAAAGCGGAUGCUCUCACCACCGUGAGGGAGAUCGCGGCUGUGGGGAGCCGCAAACUGGUCCCCUGCCAGGCAGAAGGCGUCCCCGCCCCGAGGGUCCUGUGGGCCUUCCCGGAGGGCGUGAUCCUGCCCGCACCCUACUUUGGAAACCGCGUCACCGUCCAUCGCAAUGGGACGCUGGACAUCAAAACCUUGAGAAAGACCGACUCCGUGCAGCUCGUGUGCAUUGCGCGCAACGAGGGCGGGGAGGCCAGGAUGGUGGUGCAGCUCACCGUGCUGGAGCCCAUGCACAAACCCGUCUUCCACGACCCAGUCAGCGAGAAGAUCACGGCCACGGCGGGCCACACCAUCAGCCUCAACUGCUCCGCCGCGGGGACCCCGCUGCCCUCUCUAUCCUGGGUUCUCCCCAACGGGACGGAGCUGCUGAGCGGCCGACAGCUCCAGCGGUUCUAUCAUAAAGAGGACGGCAUGCUUCACAUUAGCGACCUGUCCUCUGUGGACGCGGGCGCGUACCGCUGCGUGGCCAGGAACGCCGCGGGCCACGCGGAGAGGCUGGUCUCUCUCAAGGUAGGGCUGAAACCCGAGGUGAGUAACCCGCACCACAACCUGGUCAGCAUUAUCAACGGGGACACCUUGCAUCUGCAGUGCGUCCCGCCCGGGGACAGUCGGCGGGGACGGUUCUCCUGGACGCUUCCCAACGGCGUGGUUUUGGAGAGCCCCCACGUCCUGGGACGCUUCUCCGCCUGGGACAACGGCACCCUGACGGUGCGAGAGGCCUCCGUGUUUGACAGGGGGACCUACACGUGCAGGGUGGAGACCGAGCACGGGCCGACAGUCACCAGUAUCCCGGUCAUUGUUAUCGCCUAUCCGCCGCGCAUCACCAGCGAGCCCACGCCGGUCGUCUACGCCCGUCCGGGGAACACGGUCAAGUUGAACUGCAUGGCCGUGGGUAUCCCCAAAGCUGAGAUCACCUGGGAGUUACCCGACAAGUCACACCUGACGGCUGGUGCUCACGCUCGGCUCUACGGGAACAGAUUCCUGCAGCCUCAGGGAGCGCUCACCAUUCAGCUCGCCACGCAGCGCGACGCCGGCUUCUACAAGUGCACCGCCAAGAAUGUGCUGGGUAGCGACUCCAAAACCACUUACAUCCACGUCUUGUGA